AUGGAUCGGAAUGUGGCGACCCCUAUGUCGGAUAUCUCCGCAGAGCCCUCUGUCGCCUCGCUGGAGAGUAUGAACGAUGUGCGGCCCCAGGCGAGCAGAGUUGCAUCUACUGCGUCCUAUGACGGUUCUGCGAGGCACCGACGACGAAACCCAAGGUCAAGGCGUCCGGUGAAGGAAACACUGGACGCCCGCUCCUCCUAUUACACGAGCCGAGAUGACGGUACCGCAGAACAUCGCAUCAACCAGUAUGUGAUCAAACAGGAGAUCGGACGUGGAUCGUUUGGGGCUGUCCAUCUGGCUGCAGAUCAGUAUGGCAAUGAAUAUGCAGUCAAAGAAUUCUCCAAGUCUAGACUAAGGAAACGUGCGCAGUCGCAUAUGUUGCGAAGACCGCGGGGUCCGAUUCGGGGAGGAACGGAUUUCAACUCGCCAUUACAUCGCCAUCCUUCCGGUGACGACACUGAUACAGCACAGAAUCCCUUAUAUCUGAUCAAGGAGGAAAUUGCAAUCAUGAAGAAACUGAACCAUAACAAUCUGGUGUCAUUGAUCGAGGUCUUGGACGAUCCGACAGAGGACUCGUUGUACAUGGUGAUGGAAAUGUGCAAGAAGGGUGUCGUCAUGAAGGUCGGUCUGGAAGAGAAAGCAGACCCGUAUGAUGACGAGCAAUGUCGAUGUUGGUUCCGUGAUCUGAUCUUGGGGAUCGAGUACCUGCAUUCGCAAGGUAUUGUCCAUCGAGAUAUAAAACCGGACAACUGUCUGGUGACCAACGACGACAUGCUGAAAGUGGUCGACUUUGGUGUAUCGGAGAUGUUUGAAAAAGAUUCAAACAUGUUCACUGGCAAGUCAGCUGGGUCACCAGCAUUUCUCCCGCCAGAGCUGUGCGUGGCCAAACAUGGUGAUGUAUCCGGAAGGGCGACGGAUAUCUGGUCCAUGGGAGUAACUCUAUAUUGUCUGCGAUAUGGAAGGCUGCCCUUUGAGAAGCAGAGCAUCUUCGAGCUGUAUGAUAGUAUCAGGGGAGAUCCCCUGGUCUACGAAGAUGAGUCAGAUGAAGUAUUCAAAGAUCUGAUAGGACGGAUUCUCGAGAAAGAUCCAGAAAAACGGAUCGACAUGUUUGGUUUACGAGAACACCCCUGGGUAACGAAGAAUGGGACGGAUCCUCUGCUGCCAUUUGAGGAGAACACGUCACAAAUCAUUGAGCCACCGACAGAGGAGGAGAUGAACUCGGCCAUUACAAGAAAAAUGGGACAUCUUGUAACCGUGAUGAAAGCCGUUCAAAGAUUCAAGCGACUAACCGAUCCCACCAAACCACAAUCCCCCAUUCAAAGUACGUUCGGUAGCAUUCUGGGCGGAGACCACGAGGCCUUCCUCGUCGAGCCACCAGAGGAAAUGGACCCAGACGAACCCUUCCCAACAGUGGGAGCGGCUCUAGAGACACACGACCCCCAUGACAUGCGCGCGGGCAUGCGCAAGAACUUCCCCCGGCGUCCUUUCGCUGGGUUCCGAGAUGACGCCGGAGUUCUCGGGUCUAGCGAUUCAGCCAGCUUUUCAUCCCGGCCAGAGCACAGCCCGAGCGGCAGCAAAAUGCCCAGCGGCGUGUUCGAGCCCGAACGAAAAGACUCCGGCUCUAUCCGCAGCUGGGGGUCGACGGCUCAACCGGAUAUCGGCAACGAAGCUCAAACCCACUCCCAAUCGGCAUCGCCUCGUAUCCCCCUUUCGCGAGCGAGCUCGGCUAGAACUAAGCGCAGUAUGGAGGGGACGAGAGGGCAUGCCCGUGAUCCGCUGGAGGAGGAGUUCCCCUACCUCUUCAUUGGGCCAUCUACGUACAACGGCUCCUCGCAGCAGGAUGCCGUUCUUAGUGACGAGCCGGUCUCCAUCUUGCAAGAGCCGGGACAUUCAAUUGAUCCUUCUGACCAGAUGGAAGAUGAUGAGCCGGUACAGUUCGUUAGUGAAUCGCCCGGCGCUGCAGAUUUCAAUAUCUACGAGACGGCGUACAGGAAGGAACUAGACCGGAUCAAGCACAACCUGAAAGACCGCGACACCGGCCGGAAGGUCUACCUGACUCGCUUUGUUGAGAAAAAUAGCGCCGAAGUGUUGAAAUUAUCCAAAGAGAAGGAGUUAGACCUUCAGAUGGGGGAUGACUUCACUCCUUCUCCUUUGUCGAGAACACCAUCAGGCUUCGGGUCUGCAGUCAGUGCACUGCGCUCGCAGAUUCUGCAGAAAAGACAAGCCGAGGAGCCGGAGGAACAGGGGGGUGAUGCAAGUAAAGAUAAAGAUUACUCGCAGAACCGCGAGCCUCAUCCUCAUCCUCCGAAACGCCUGUCGGUUCCAUCCCAAUCUAUACCGGAGCCCGAAUCGUCUUCUCUAGACGCGAUGGGUGUCUCGACUACGGAGGAGAAUGGUGAUUCCAAGGCACAGCUGCGGCGAAUUCUUGAUCGAGUUCGUGGAAAGUCCGAUGGUGCAGAGUGA